ACUUUGAAAGUAGGAACCGGAAGUGAGUGUUUGCCUGUUCGGGUCUCUGUCCGUUGACUCUGGUCCUGGUCCCGCUCGCUCAGCCUCCUCCGGUCGUCGCUAUGGUGCAGAUGAUGGAGUCGCAGUGCGAGUAUUUCAUGUAUUUUCCGGCGGUGCCCAUCACGGAUCUGUCGGACCCGGCCCGCUACCGCACUCUGCCCCGGAGGAGCCACCUCUACCUGGGCGAGACGGUCCGCUUCCUGCUGGUGCUGCGCUGCAGAGACGCUGGCGCAACGCCCACAGAACAGGGCCCCGCAGGGAGCGCUGAUGGUGCCAUGGCAGGGUUUGGGACAGAAUCAGCCAGCAGCCGAGCGUGGCGGGAACUGGCUGGGUCUCUGUGCGCCGUGGCCAGUGUGAGUCCAGGUGAAAGCAGCCGCCAUCGGGGCAACCACCACCACGACUACCAGAGCAGCGGGGACGAGGCCAACGAGGACGGUGAGGACGACUACAUUGCAGCUGCAGAGGCAGCGAUCGCGGCGCUCGGCAGCAGGGUGGACUCUCGGUGUCGCAGCUUCAGGGACUGUAAACCACUGCUCAUCCACAACUCAUCUGGGACAGCGUCAAGGGAGUUCCGCAGGGCCCCUGUUCAGUCUCCUCUGGACGAGCCGGUGGUCCUGAUGGACGAAGUGAUCUUUCCUCUCACUGUUUCCCUGGAUAAGCUCCCCGUCAGCACCCUGAAAGUAAAGGUGAUGGUCACAGUUUGGAAGAGGGAGGCAGAGAAAGUGGAGGUGCAGGAACUCGGAUACCUGAGCGUCCUGCAGCAACGAGAGCCCACCCACACCUUCAGACACGACCUCAACACCUUCAAAGCUCAAGUGAGUACCACUCUGACCGUCCUGCCGCCUCCAGCCGUCCUCUGCAAGCAGAUGACGGUCUCUGGGAGACACCUCGCCAUCCUAAAAGUGCUGAACGAGUCCUCUCAGGAGGAGCUGAGCAUUCGGGAUGUUCGUAUUUUACCGAACCUGAACGCAUCGUACCUUCCCAUGAUGCCCGACGGCUCCGUGCUGCUGGUGGACAACGUCUGCCACCAAUCAGUCGAGGUCGGCAUGGCGUCUUUCUGCCGGGUGGACGGCCAGGCCUGCCGCCUUCCCAGCAUGCUCAGUGCUUUGGAGGAGCACGACUUCCUGUUCCAGCUGCACCUCAACGACACGCCGCAGGAUGACUCCAACGAGGGGCUGGAGGUUCCUCUGGUCGCCGUGCUGCAGUGGUCUACUCCCAAGAUGCCUUUCACCAACUGUAUCUACACCCACUACAGGCUUCCCAGUAUGCGCCUGGACCGGCCGCGGUUCGUCAUGACUGCCAGCUGUCCAAGCACCGUCAGAGUGAAGGAGCACUUCAAGGUCAAAUAUGUCCUCCUGAACAACCUGCAGGACUUCCUGGCUGUCCGGCUCGUGUGGACCCCCGAGGGUCGCGGUCAGGGCGAGAACGCAGCGCUGGCGGCCGUCGUCUGUCACACACCGCUCAGCAACCUCGGCCACUGUCGCAAAGGAAGCACGCUGUCCUUCAGUGUGGCCUUCCAGAUCCUGAAACCAGGACUCUAUGAGCUGAGUCAGCACAUGAAGUUAAAGCUCCAGUUCACAGCUUCAGUUUCCAACCCGCCGCCUGACGCUCGGCCGCUGUCACGUAAAAACAGUCCAUCCAGCCCGGCAGUUCGAGACCUGCUGGACCGACACCAGGCCAGUCUGGGCCGAUCUCAGUCCUUCUCCCACCAGCAGCCGUCACGGUCGCACAUCAUGAGGACGGGCAGCGCCAUGGAGCGGCGCGCCAUCACUCCUCCCGUUGGAUCCCCGGUGGGUCGGCCGCUCUACCUGCCGCCGCAGGACAAAGCGCUGCUGUCGCUGGACAAGAUCGCCAAGAGGGAGUGUAAAGUCCUGGUUGUGGAUCCGGUCAGCUAGGGAGCGAGGAGUCUGGACUCGGCUUCUUAUCGGAAAACAUUCCUGAUCCCAAACUGAAAACCACGAACGAAGCUGCAAGAAAGCUACUUGAAACGUAUUUAAUGUAUUAUUAAUAUAUCUGGUGAAUGUGUUCCUCAACGUUCUGGUAUUUAUCCGCACAUUUCAGCUCAUCGCCAACCUGUCGGCGUUUCCAGCGACGAGCCGGAGGAAGUGUUUCCUCCUCAUCUUUGUAUUAUUUAAAGGUGAGAAACGUUACAGGAAAAGACUCGUUCAGCCAGGUUUGUCUGAUUCCAGUGUUUUACUCAGUAUCACUGUCAUGACUUUUCUGUCCGGAACGUCGUGACCCUGCUCCUGGGAAUUUCCCAUUAAAUCCAGUUUGAUGGUUGGAUGCUCCUGUCCUUGGUGACGUUGGGGUUGUACGCCAACUUUUUAGCUUUAUGCAAAUUUUAGCGGCCCUGAUUCAGAAUGGUGGGCGGUGCCUGAGCCAGCCAAUUAGCCUCCAUGUUCAGCAAGAAUACAUUAAAAUGUGUGAAGAAGUGGC